GGGCGGCGGGGGGGCGGUGAGCGCUCGGUGUCGUCGCGUUCGCUCCGCGCCUCCUCCCCCGGCCCCGGGCCCGGGGGGUCGCGGCCGAGCGGGGCGUCCGACGGCACCAUGAGCGGCGGCGGGGGCGGGAGGGUGUGCGACCUGUCCCGGCGCAACCCUCAGGAAGACUUCGAGCUCAUCCAACGCAUCGGCAGCGGCACCUACGGCGACGUCUACAAGGCUCGAAAUGUCAACACGGGUGAGCUAGCAGCAAUUAAAGUAAUAAAACUAGAACCAGGAGAAGAUUUUGCUGUUGUGCAGCAGGAAAUCAUUAUGAUGAAAGACUGUAAACAUCCGAACAUUGUUGCUUAUUUUGGCAGCUAUCUCAGACGAGACAAGCUAUGGAUUUGCAUGGAGUUUUGUGGAGGUGGCUCUCUACAGGAUAUUUAUCAUGUGACUGGACCACUGUCAGAACAGCAAAUUGCCUAUGUUAGCAGAGAAACACUACAGGGACUGUAUUACCUUCACAGUAAAGGAAAAAUGCACAGAGAUAUAAAGGGAGCAAACAUUCUUUUAACGGAUAACGGACAUGUAAAAUUAGCUGAUUUUGGAGUAUCUGCACAGAUAACAGCUACAAUUGCCAAAAGGAAAUCAUUCAUUGGCACCCCGUAUUGGAUGGCACCAGAAGUUGCUGCAGUAGAAAGAAAAGGUGGCUAUAACCAACUCUGUGAUCUGUGGGCAGUUGGAAUAACUGCUAUAGAGCUUGCUGAACUUCAACCUCCAAUGUUUGACCUACAUCCAAUGAGAGCACUUUUUCUAAUGACGAAAAGCAACUUCCAGCCUCCUAAAUUAAAGGACAAAAUGAAAUGGUCAAAUAGUUUCCAUCAUUUUGUGAAAAUGGCACUUACAAAAAAUCCUAAAAAGAGACCUACAGCUGAAAAGUUGCUACAGCAUCCAUUUGUUACUCAGCCAUUAAAUCGAAGUCUUGCCAUUGAACUUUUGGAUAAAAUGAAUAAUCCUGAUCAUUCCACUUACCAUGAUUUUGAUGAUGAUGAUCCUGAGCCUCUUGUAGUGCCUCACAGAAUUCAUUCAACAAGUAGAAAUGGAAGAGAAGAAAAGACACGCUCUGAAAUAAACUUUGGUCAAGUAAAGUUUGAUCCACCUUUGAGGAAAGAGACAGAGCCACAUCAUGAAUUUGAUCUACAGCUAGAAUAUGGUCAUGGUCCUCAGUGUGGCUACUUCUUGGGUGCAAAUAAGAGUCUCUUAAAAUCCGUUGAAGAAGAACUGCAUCAGCGGGGACAUGUGGCACAUUUAGAAGAUGAUGAUGAUGCAGAUGAUGAUUCUAAACAUGCUACUAUGAAACCUAAAGUGCCACCUCCUUUACCACCAAAGCCUAAAUCCAUCUUUAUCCCCCAAGAAACUUAUUCUUCUGAAAAUGAAAAUCAAGGGACAAUCAAGAGAUGCCCAACAUCAGAGAGUCCAGCAAAAUCUACAUCGCACGUUCCACCCAGACCACCCCCUCCUCGACUACCUCCACAGAAAUCUAAUCCUCUAGGUAAUGGAGUCACUUCUGUACAAUUAAAUGGUGAAAGAGAGGAAUCGCCACAGAAUGAAGCUAGAGACACUAAUUUUUUAAGGAAAGAAAAGAAGGAAAUGCUGAAACCAAUUAGUAAUGGCCUUCCUCCCACACCUAAAGUACACAUGGGUGCUUGCUUUUCAAAGGUUUUCAAUGGCUGUCCAUUAAAAAUUCAUUGUGCAACUUCAUGGAUAAAUCCAGAUACAAGAGAUCAGUACUUGAUAUUUGGUGCAGAAGAAGGUAUUUACACACUGAACCUCAAUGAACUUCAUGAAACAUCAAUGGAGCAGCUAUUUCCUCGAAGGUGUACGUGGUUAUAUGUCAUGAACAAUUGUUUGUUAUCAAUAUCUGGUAAAGCUUCUCAGCUUUAUUCCCAUAAUCUACCAGGACUCUUUGAUUAUGCAAGGCAAAUGCAAAAGUUACCUGUUGCUAUUCCAGCACAUAAACUUCCUGAUCGAAUACUUCCCAGGAAGUUUGCAGUAUCUACAAAAAUUCCUGACACUAAAUGGUGUCAAAAGUGUUGUGUUGUGAGGAAUCCCUACACAGGCCACAAGUACCUUUGUGGAGCACUACAGUCUAGCAUUGUUUUGUUAGAAUGGGUCGAACCAAUGCAAAAAUUUAUGUUAAUCAAGCACAUAGAUUUUCCUGUACCUUGUCCACUGAGAUUGUUUGAAAUGCUGGUAGUCCCCGAGCAGGAAUUCCCUUUAGUUUGUGUUGGUGUCAGUAGAGGAAGAGACUUCAACCAGGUGGUGAAGUUUGAGACUGUCAACCCAAAUUCUACCUCUUCGUGGUUUACAGAAACAGACACUACAGAGACGAGUGUUGUACAUGUAACACAGCUGGAGAGAGAUACCAUUUUGGUGUGUUUGGAUUGCUGCAUAAAAAUAGUGAAUCUGCAAGGCAGGUUAAAAUCCAGCCGCAAACUGUCAUCAGAGCUCACAUUUGACUUUCAGAUUGAAUCAAUAGUCUGUCUACAAGACAGUGUAUUGGCGUUCUGGAAACACGGCAUGCAAGGAAGGAGUUUUAGAUCAAAUGAAAUCACACAAGAAAUUUCUGAUAAUACGAGGAUAUUCAGGCUUCUGGGAUCAGACAGGGUCGUGGUGCUGGAGAGCAGGCCGACGGACAACCCAACAGCCAACAGCAAUUUGUAUAUCCUGGCAGGGCAUGAGAACAGUUACUGAGAACAGCACGUGGCAGGCAGCUCACCGUGACAAGAGAACACUCCUGCUGCAGCAGCACUCGUGACGGGCUGCAAUUGCACAAAAGCUGCAGUAAUCCCACUUCAGUUACUUUAUAAUUUAUUGUGGCAUGAGAGGAAGAUGAGAAUUGUUUGUGGUAUGGACACAGAAGCAUUAUAAUACCACAGAAGUGCUUAAUUUACUGUUAUGUAAUCUUUGUACAUAUGCAGUAUUUUUCAGUGAAACUUCUUGCUGAAGCCCUACACUGACUUUCUGUAGAUAGAGGUCCUCCUGUUUAGUACAAGUGUCUUACCUGUACAGAUGUAAAAGUCACUGAGGAUGCAAAAAUUAAAUCGGGGUACUAUUAUAAGGACGUCUCAUGUGUUUAUUAUAAAGUGGGAUGCUAGCAACAAGUAUAGUACAUUUAGCAACACUAUUGUAUUUUAUUAUAUGUAAUUUACUAAUACAAAUAAAUAUUAACUUUUAGAAAUUGUAACCAAGGCUGUAAUCAGAUUACAAUCUUGUUUUAAUUUCGAUACAACACACUGGUGUUCAUGUUUGCACAAUAUAUUAAGAUGUGAUGUAUUUAGUCACAAAGGUAAGCUGUGACUUUGUGGAUAUGACUUGGGCUUCAAAGUUCCUUUUUUUUGUUUACUUGGGUAGUUUUCUUUGUGAAACAAACCAGUUAAACACCUGUAUUUUUAUAUUUAAUUAAAACUUUCCUUAUGAUUACUUCUCUAUGCUUGAAAACAAUACCUUAUGGAUGGGUGUCAGUCCCAGACUAGUGGUACCUGGCUGUAAUUCUGCAAUAGGUGUUUGAAUUAUUAGUGUAUACAAUGAUAAAAAUUAGUAAUACUGUUCGUCUUGCUAAAUAGUUUCAUAUCACGAUGAAAAGGAGCAACAUUCCACAUUGUGGAAAUGGCUCAAAGAUGUUGCCAUUUUGACUUUUUUUUGGCCUUAUAACCAUUUUCACACUUUUCUUGAUUUUAGGAUGUUAACACAUGGCCAAAAUAAUUUAGUUACUACCUCAUUCAAACAAUACAAUGGUUACUACGCAUCACGGGAACUUAGUUUUGAUCAGAAGUAUUUUUGAUUGCUAUUUUCCAGUGGAGUGUGUAAAUGCCAAGUUUUAAGCAAAAUGCACACAUAUGACUCCUUUUUUUUGUAUAUGUUCUUUAUAUUUUAUUGUGAUAAUAUACACUAAAACCAAACUAAAUUAAAAGUGAUUUAUGGCCUGCGUUAUUGUUGUGAUUGAUAAUGCUUUGAAAUAUGUUCCCUAAUGUAUAUAAUGUAAAAUAAAUUUUUUUAACAUGUUGUUGUACAAUUAGAUUAUCACCUGCACUGAUUUUCCACAUAAGACUAAAAUGGAACAUACUGAGUUUUGAAUUCUGCUAUUAAAUGGUUGUGCCAAACACA